CCGGGGCUCCUUCGCGGCGGCUCCGCUCCCGCCUGGGCCGCGGCCGCGCGCCCUCCCUUCGGGGAGGAGGAAGAGGAGGAAGGAGGAGCGGCUGUAGGAGGAGGGUCGAGCGCGGCAGUCGCGCCGCCGCCCGGAGGAAGCAGAGCCCGCGGCUGCAGGGUUUUCAUUUCAUAUGGGGGAAUGGUAGUAUGCUGGUCAGAUUUUUGUCAACUGGACACAAGCUACAGUUAUUUGGAAAGAAGAACUCUAAAUUGAGAAAAUGCCUCCAUAAGAUUUGCCUGUAGAAAAUAGCUUCAGAGGUUAAAUGAAGCCGGGCAGAAUUCACCCAUGAGGCAUCGCAGCCCCUCCCGAUGUUUGGGCAUAACUGCUCCAGAACCAAAUUGACCCAUUUGGAUUAGUUAACUUUUGACAAAAUGAAGAAAAUCAGUCUCAAGACCUUCAGGAAAUCUUUUAACCUGAGUAAAAGCAAAGACGAAACUGAGUUCAUGGUGGUUCAGCCCCAGUCCCUUGCUGGUGACUUCGUGAAAGAUGACUCUUUAUUCGGGAGCUGUUAUGGCAAAGACAUGGCCAGUUGUGACAUUGGCGGCGAGGAUGAGAAAGGGAAGAACAGAUCCAAAAGCGAGAGCCUGAUGGGCACUUUGAAGAGGCGGUUGUCCGCCAANCAGAAGACCAAGGGCAAGGGCGGCACUGCGCCUACAGAUGAGGACACUUUCUCCUCAGCUUCAGCUCCUGGUGGACUCAAGGAUGUGCGUGCUCCGCGGCCCAUCCGUUCCACAUCACUGAGAAGCCACCAUUAUAGCCCCACGCCCUGGCCGCUGCGUCCCACCAGCUCGGAGGAGACGUGCAUCAAGAUGGAGAUGCGAGUGAAAGCGCUGGUGCAUGCUGCCAGCCCAGGACCAGUCAACGGUGUGCGCAAGGAGCUGCGGGAGCUGCAGCCCAAGGAGCUGCGGGAGCUGCAGCCCAGGGAGCUACUGCAGCCCAGGGAGCUACGAGACCUGCAGCCAGAGCCGCGCCCUGAGUCCCGCUGCAGCCCCAGCUCACCCGGGGACCUGAGCCUCCACCUGGAGGAACACGUGCCUGUAGUAAUCGGACUCAUGUCUCAGGACUACCUUCAGUACACCGUGCCUUUAGAUGACGGGAUGUGCCCUCUUGAAGNGCCGCGCAGCUGCUGCCUGGAUACGUCUUCUCCCAUGGAGGUGUCAGCCGUACCCCUGCCGGGGGCGAGUGGUGCCUUCUCCGAAGACGACAGUCAUGUGGACCAGGACCUGGUUGUAGGCCCAGAGAUCCUUGUGGAUUCAUCAGUGAACAAUUUGUUGAUUGGCACCACAGGAGUUAUGUUGCAGAGCCCUAGAGGAGGUCAUGAUGACGCCCCUCCCCUCUCA